AUGAUAAACGAACGAAUGAAAUCGAAACCGAAAGGUGAAAACGAAAGACGCAAGGAAUCAGCAAAAACGAAAAGCACAUCUAAACGGCAGUUCUCACGAAUGAUAGCGCUUCUGGAGACAAGGCCGGAUGUGGCAAAAGGAUUCUCCAAAGGGAAUGUGGCUCCUUUUUGGAGUACUCUUGCGACUGAGUUAAACAGUAUGGGACCGCCUAUUAAAGAUUCAACAGGCUGGAAAAAGGUAUGGUUUGAUUACAAAUCAAAUCUUAAGAAAAAACUCGCGCACAAUGUCAAGGAGUUGCGGGCUACUGGCGGCGGACCAAACAAACUGAUUGAGUUGUCGGACUUAGAAGAACAAGCAGUUUGUUUGACUGGACUACGAGCAACUGUUGAAGGUGUACAGCAUGCAAUCUCGUUUGGUACACCGUCAUGCGAAUUUCGGGAAGAUGAUCACACAAUAAAUGCAUCUGGACAGAGCAACGAGACACUUGAUGUGAUCAGCGACUUGAACAAUCGCAUCGCUGAUUCGGACGAUGAUGUCAUCCGGAGUCUUCCAAAACCCAAGAAAUCCAAAAGAACAGCGAUCGAUCUGCUCGAAGAGCAGAUCAAUGAACAAAAAAAACACCACUUAACCGUGGUAUCUACUUUGACAGCGAUCAAUAACAGAAUGGAUGAUUUCGGAUACAAUGUUAGAAGAAUAUACAAAACUUUAAGCAGCAUCGAUGAAUCCAAAAAGUCAGAACUAGAAGAACAACGACGUCACAAUGCCGCUGUUGAAAAAUCAUUAAAAGAUAAGCUGCAACUAAAACAGCAAAUCAUUGAGAUGCAAUUGGCCUACAUUAAUGAUACUUCAGGUGUUCCAACUUUUUAUUAA